AGAGCAGCUUAACACCUGGCAUCCAAAAGAACUUCAGCUUGCUUGGCUCUGCUGCAUGAUUUCUACCUCAGAGUCAGUUUGUAGUCCGAAGUGCGAGUCUCUACAGGAUGAACAGGCCGUCUCUUCUGAACCUCAACAACUUGGGGAAGAUCUGUGGAUCCAGCCAAAGCAAUGACAUGGUGGUUUUGGACCGGGUGAAGAGGAAGAACUCUGUGAGACGCAUGUCCAUCAUUGAAGAUGGGGAGCUUGCGGAGGUUCUUUACCUGAUUCCGAAGCAGUCCAUGAUGGAGCAGCUGCCCUUCAUCAAUCCAGAAGACUACAUCCUGUGUGAAAAGCUGGCAGGAAUUCCUGCAGAGCUGUCAGUUCUGCACAUUCAGGAUGGCAGUCAGCCCCGUCCCAUGGCAGAAAAACAGGGUGUCCACUGUCUCAGAUGCAGGGGUUCAUGCAAAGGAGAAGUGCUGAGAGUCCAGAGCAGCUACUUCCACAUCAGGUGUUUCACAUGCAAAGUGUGUGGCUGUGACUUGGCCCAAAGUGGCUUCUUCAUGAAGACCGGGGAGUGCCUCUGCCCUCUGGACUACCAGCGGCUUCAUGGCACGCUGUGCAAUAACUGCGGAGAAUUUGUGGAGGGCGAGAUGGUCACUGUCUUAGGAAAAACCUAUCACCCAGCAUGCUUUGUGUGCAGCAUUUGCAAGCAGCCUUUUCCAGCCGGAGACUGCGUCACCUUCAGGGGAAAAGACUGCCUCUGUCAGCGCUGCGUUGAACCUGUAUCUCCUCCAAAUCAAAUCACCUACCCCAGCUACUGUGCAGGCUGUGGCAGAGACAUCAAGAAUGGCCAGGCUCUGUUAGCUCUGGGGGGUCAAUGGCAUAUUGGCUGCUUCAAGUGUACAACCUGCAGGAAGGGACUGAGUGGGGAAUACAUCAGCAAAGAUGGUGCUCCAUACUGCGAGAGAGACUACCACUCUCAGUUUGGGGUGCAGUGUGAAGCAUGCCAGAAGUUCAUAACAGGAAAAGUCCUUGAGGCCGGGGACAGAAACUUUCACCCCAGCUGUGCAAGAUGCAGCCGAUGUGGUGACGUUUUCACGGAGGGAGAAGAAAUGUUUCUAUUAGGAUCAACUAUUUGGCACCCGCAUUGCAAGGACGGCUGCAGAAAUGACGUUUUUCGGGCCAGCAGACCAAAAACACCCUUGCUAGAUUUCUUUUUCCCUCCUCGUGAACUGAAGGUUUUUAUUCCCAACAGGUCUUCCUCUGAAAGCUCCUGCUCCAGGCCGGGUUCGUGCACUCCAGGAAGUCCAGGUCGAACCAUCUGCGCCAAAGUAGACAAUGAGGUCAUUGAUUACAGAGACUUAGCAGCAAUUCCCAGAGUCAAGGCUAUAUUUGAUAUAGAGCAUCCUGAUAUGAUAUCUUAUAAGUCAGUGAACAACAGAUCCGAUACUUUCGACAAAAAGGAAACGAAACAGGACAGACAAAGCCCUGCAGAGUCUCGGGAAAGCAUCUCUAAAACAGCAGAGGAGCGCUUUGAAGCGAGAACAGGGAAAGGGAAUGGAUCUUUUGGAGGUCAGACGCCCCACUUUCACCACAGCUACACUCCCACUCUUUCCAGAUCACCACAGCACUUCCACCGACCAGUGCUUUCUCCUCCUUUACUCCGGGGACAAAACUCCCCAACUCCUCCUUUAGGUCACCACUUUCCCUCUAAAACUACAGCAGAUGAAGGCUUCGAUAUGUACAAAAGACCUCCAAUUUAUAAGCAACAAGAUCCAAGUCCAUCUGUUUCUCAAACAAACUCCUUGCCAAGAUACAGUCACAACUUCCUAAGUCUGCCUCAAUCAGCUGAUUUCUUCAGCCGCAACACUGAAAUAUUCAGCUUCAAGCUUCCCCAUGAUGAAUUGAUUCCAUUAACACAAAUGGAGAGAGGAAUGUCUAUGCCUAAUUUGAUGGAUCCAAAAGUGUACCCUUAUGAAAUGCUCACUGUUGCAAAUCGAGGGAGAGUAAAGCUUCCCAAAGAUGUUGACAGGACAAGACUCGAGCUUCAUCUCUCUCCAGAUUCCUUCUUUGAAAUCUUUGGAAUGAACAUCCAGGAAUUUGACAGGCUUCCGCUUUGGAAACGAAAUGACAUGAAAAAGAAAGCAAACCUCUUCUGAAAGCGGCCUGAUGCUCAGUUACUGUUUCGAUUUUCAGUUCUUUAUGGUUCUUAUAAAAAUACGAUUAUUUUUUUGUGUCUGGCACAAGAUACUUCUUGAAGAGAGAGAUUUACUUCAGACCUUUUUGAGAACAGGAGAACUCAACAUGAAUGAAAAUUGUUUAGUUUGGAUUUUUUAGUUUUGAGCAAAACUGCAAGAUAAAUAUCUUCCUUUUUACAGUUUGUGUCCUCUAUCUGCCUUUUGUUAACUGUCUUUCUCUUAAAUAAGUGAUCCUACUUGCAGCACAUAACCUUAACUGCUCACCUACAAAAAAGCAACAACACAUUGUUCUUUUAAUUAACCACUGUAGAAUUUAUAAAGGAAAAUUGUCCAACUUUAUUGUGUGAUUAGCGAAAACAUUUACAUGAUAGGGUUCAAAAAGCAAUAAUGAAAUACUAGUUUGUCUGUUUUUGUUUUUCAAACCAACCUUCUCUGUUGGCCAUUAUAAUCUAAGAAAUAGCAAUCCUUAUUAUUAAAUACGUACAUAAAUGAAAAUGUCUUUACUUUAGUGGUUGAAUUUGCAGUGUGUUUGUUUAUGGGACACGCAAAAGCUUUUACAAUCAUAAAUAUGAAUAUAUUUAUAUUUUAAGGUAGUUAUUUUGCUUUUUAUUUCCAUUUUAAGUUCUUGUGGUAAAUAUGACUAUGUACCAUGUAUAUCUACCCAGCACUGCCAACUCAAGCGCCCUAAAUAAAUGCUUGCACUCUUUGUAAUUUGUGAUCUUCACUUUGAAAAUAAACAGUUUUUCAGCUGGUUUAUUAAACCUGGAA